UGCUGACUUUCUUCUGAACCAGCCUUGUCGAACAUCUGAAAAUGGAUGAACGAUCACCUUUACGGAUGGCAUUGAAUUGAUUCCUGUGCGAGGUCUCGAUCAAUUGGCUCCAUUUUCUCCACAAGUUCCUAUAUCAACACUUCAUCAGCAGGUCGGCCAGUUCGUUCUACAACCUGAAUUCCGAAAGCAGCCUCUGUACUAUACCGGGUCCAAGAUCGAUCUAUGGAGACUACCGAUUCCGCGUUCCCAUCACUCAUUAACUCACACCUAGAGAUUCUUUUCUGAUGAUAAAUCCCAUCACUCAUUGAAUACCGUUAGCUAGCAAUUGCUGAGCAAGACUGCAACCUUGCCGGUAGCUUGAUACACACACAUCAGCCGCUCUGAAUUCAAGCCCGCAAGCCAAAGCAGUUAUCUGUAUUCUGAUCACACUCGGACAUGCUUGAAGCCAAGCGCGUGUUCCCUCUCCUCUUCUUCUACGGUAUCCACCUCGCAGCCGUCGCUGUCUCCGGCGGCAGCGGCGGUGACGACGACGAGUUCGUCUACUCCGGCUUCGCUGCUGGCGGCUCCAACCUGACCCACCUGACCCUUGAUGGCACGGCCAAGGUCACGCCGACCGGCCUGCUCGAGCUGACCAACGGCACGGCGCAUAGCAAAGGCCACGCGUUCCACCCGACGCCGCUGCGCCUCCGCGAGCCGGACGACGGUGGCAGUGAUAAGAAGAAGAAGGCAGCGGCGGCGAUCCGGUCCUUCUCGGCCACCUUCGUCUUCGGCAUCGUGCCGCCGGCAGCCCCGGGCGUGGGCGCCGGCCACGGCCUCGCGCUCGUGGUCUCUCCGACCAAGGACCUCUCCUCCGGGAUGGCCACCUCGUACCUGGGCUUCCUCAACGGCACCAAAUUCUUCGCCGUGGAGCUCGACACCGUCAUGAGCACUGAGUUCCACGACAAGGACAACAACCACGUCGGCGUCGACGUCGACACUCUCGUGUCCGCUGCCGCCGCCAGCGCCGGCUACUACGACGACAGGACCGGCGAGUUCACGAGCCUAACCCUGAUCAGCGGCGAGGCCAUGCAGGCAUGGGUGGACUACGACAGCGACGCCGGCCGGGUCGACGUGAGGCUGGCUCCGAUCAGGACAGGGAAGCCGAGGAAGCCGCUGGUUUCGACGGAGGUCAACCUCUCGACGGUAAUCGGAGAGGAAGCGUACGUCGGCUUCUCGUCGUCCACGGGUACGCUGACCAGCCGCCACUACGUGCUCGGCUGGAGCUUCGCCGUGGGCGAGCCGGCUCCGGCCAUCGACAUGUCCAGGCUGCCCAAGCUACCUCAACGGAGCUCCGAAUCUCCAUCGAAGGCCUUAGUAAUUGCUCUUCCUGUAGUCGCCGGCGGGCUCACCCUCGCCACGGUCGCCUGCGUUCUUCUCCUCGUCCGGCGCCGGUACAGGUACGUCGAGCUGCGCGAGGACUGGGAGAUCGAGUUCGGAGCGCACCGGCUCUCGUACAAGGACCUGUUCCACGCCACCGACGGGUUCAAGAGCAAGAACCUGCUCGGCGCCGGAGGGUUCGGGACGGUGUACAGGGGGACGCUCGCCGCCUCCGGCACGGAGGUCGCCGUGAAGCGGGUAGCUCAUGGAUCGCAGCAGGGGAUGAAGGAGUUCGUCGCCGAGGUCGCCACCGUCGGCCGUCUCCGGCACCGCAACCUCGUGCAGCUGCUCGGCUACUGCCGCCGCAACGACGAGCUCCUCCUCGCCUACGAGUACAUGGCCAACGGCAGCCUCGAGAAGCACCUCUACGGCGUCGGCGGCGAACCUGGCCCUACACUGAUCUGGGCCCAGAGGUUCCAGGUGAUCAAGGGCGUCGCCUCCGGCCUGCUCUACCUCCACGAAGAGUGGGAGCAGGCCGUCGUCCACCGCGACGUCAAGGCCAGCAACAUCCUCCUCGACAGCGAGAUGAACGCCCGCCUUGGCGACUUCGGGCUCGCGAGGCUGCAGAACCACGACGCCGAGCUGCACACCACGGUCGUCGCCGGCACCUUCGGGUACAUAGCGCCGGAGCUGGCGCUCACCGGCAAGGCGUCCCCUCUCACCGACGUCUUCGCCUUCGGCGCCUUCCUCCUCGAGGUUGUAACCGGGAGAAGACCGGUCGAGGACUCCACGGAUGGCCACAGGGUCAUGCUGGUGGACUGGGUGCUCGAGCACUGGCGUAACGAGUCACUGGCUGAGGCGGUGGACCCCAGGAUUCAGGGAGGCUACGACGUGGACGAGGUGAGCUUGGCGUUGAGGGUGGGGUUGAUGUGCUCGCAUCCGCUGGCCGGUGUGAGGCCGAGCAUGAGACAGGUCAUGCAGUACCUCGCCGGGGACACGCCGCUUCCGGAGCUGACGCCGGCGCACAUGGGCAUGAGCAUGCUGGCGCUGCUGCAGAACCAGGGGCUCGACUCGUUUGUCAUGGCCAACUCCUCGUCGUCAUCGGCGUCUGUGAGGAGCUUUGACACUAGCCUAUCAAGAGGGAGAUGACAAGGGCAGUGUGUUGUUCGUUUCUAUCGAACCAAGAUUUUGUUGGAGUUUAUUCUUAUUCAUCACAUCAUGGAUGUACAGAAGCUAAUACAGACAGAGUAGAAUUAGUCACUUUGCUUGUUUUUUUUUUUUAAAAUUUUCCUACUCUUUGGUGACAAGUGUACUUGUACUGGGAUUUAUCUGACUCGAAUGCAAAUUUCAGCAUGGCAGCAAAAA